UUGCAUUUCUGAAUCAAGCAAUGAUAAAAUGGAAGUUGACUCUAUAACGUUUUAUCCAACUGUCAAAGAAGAAGCAACCGCAGUGGAUGAUGAUGACUUUAACAUCACUAUAGUUCCAGUAGGGAACAGUGUCAUGCAGAUAUCAGAAAACACCUUGGCUAAUAUUGAUGAACAUUUGCAAGACGAUCAGAGUAUCAUUUCACAGGAACACAACUCAUCUCAGUUACACAACACAUCCAUGAAUGCUAUUGAGGAGUCUAUAUUUCAUCAUUCAGAAAAUGCAGCUUACCAAAUGCAGGUGGUUCUUCCAGAUAUAUCCUUAGGGGAUUCUCAGGAAUCGGACCCUGUUAAGGUUCCGGUCAUAAUUCAGGAAGGAGAUAACAAUGUCACAGAUUUUGCGGAUAAAAUGGUGGAGUUACAAGUAGAGAUGCAAGCUAGAGCAGCUUUCAAUCCAGCAGCUGAUGAGCAUAAAAAUGAACAGCAGAUUGCUCUGCAAACUAACUUGACCCCUCGUAACGCAUCUGAUAUUGAAACCAUUAUCUCAGCUUUGGAAGAGGAGCUUAAGAAAACAGGUUCAUCUGCAUCAGCAGAACCUAGUUUUAAAGAUAAUCUUAAAGUGGAGUCUGGUAUUGUGGAAGUGCAAGGAUCUUAUGAUGAUUCACAUAUACAAACUGUUCAGAUACUUGAGGGAGAGGAGAUUUUAGAAGUACAACAUGUAGGCAAUGUCAUUUGGUCUACAGGUGGUGAAGUGCAAAUUGUUGGCUCAUCCCAUGUGGUUGACGCCACCAGCACUGUUGAAGGCACUGUCGUGUAUGAAGGUCAGCCAGUAGAAGCUCAGUAUGAUGUUGUUGAGUAUGAGAUUUUGGCAGAUAAGAAGCUGAAAAGAGGAAGAAAGAAAAAAGCUAAAGAUGAAACAGGCAAUGUUAAGGCAGAAAUUGUUGAUCGUACUUGUCCAAUUUGUCAUCGAAUUCUGAAUUAUGCCUCAUCUAUGACAGGUGCAUUUCACAUUAUUUUGAUUUUGUUCCUUUCUUUUUUCAAUGCUGAUUAUGAGGGCCAUCCUUUCUUAAAUAUUUAUGUUCAUUUGUAAACUUUGUUGUUUACACAUUUUUGAAGUGUCUAAGAAAAUAAGCUUUAAUAAGAGAUAAGAAUGUCUUUCUACUGUCCAUCACAUAGGGGUUGUACAUUAAGGAUGUCCACAGAGACUGGGGGAGGGAAGGGUUGUUCUAAAGCAAGGAAAAGGGUCUUGUCUAAAAUAUUAAUUUUUUUAAUUUGCCAUAUACUGUUUUAUGCCCACCAUGGCUGAUCUACUUGCAAAAUUUUGAAAAAAAUUAUAAUCAUAAACCAAGAAUGUGGGAAAAUUUUCAUAAGGGAGAUAACUGUAAAUAUUUGGUUUAUUUAUCAACAAAUGUAAACAAUGUAAGUUUUUUCUCUUGUUGAUUAAUUUAAUGAUUUAUGUAAUGGACAUCCAUAUGCAAAAAAAAAGUAACAUAUUACACUUAUUGCAUCUAUCCUUUUUCGGCUCCCAUCCCCAUAUGUGCACACACAUUGAACUCUCAGAGGCGUGCCGCUGCCCAGCCCCCCCAAUGUUUCAUGGACUAUAAUGAAGUGUAAUGCAACUAAAUGUUCCUAAUGUGUAAGCAUAGCGCCCCCACCCCCACCCCCUCCAAUCACAGGGAGACAAUUUGUACUGCCGUAGGUUUUGUUAAACUUCGUGUCUUGGUCCCUCUCACUAACUUUAGCCCAGUGCAGCUGUUUGGUUAAGCCAAAUGAAAUGAUCAAGUCAAAAAAUAUGUCACACAAAGCUACAGUAUGUGGAUUAAUACAAACCAUUUUUGUUAUUUCAUUUAAGACACUAAAAAUUAAUUAAAUAUCAUGGAUUUCACAUAAUCUCCAAAAUCGAAAAUUCCCUCCUCCACAGUGCAUAGAUAAUCAAUGGAUGGACCCAUAUCAUACUGAUUUAGAAGUUUAAAUCUAAUGACUCUUUGCUCUUUAUAAUCAUUAUUAUACUUCCUGGCAUUUUGCACUGUUAAUUUCCAUAUGCCCCUGAGGAUGUCCACAACCGGGGUGGGGUGGGAUGGAGUGGGGUGGGGUGAGGUGACAAUGGAGGACAAGGGGAGGGGAGGUGUGGACAAAAAUCCUACUUUGUGCUGACUGCCUUCAUGGACAACCCCUUGCCUUUCAUUGCAUCAUCAACUUCAUUAUUUUAUAAUUUAUUUAGCAGAAAAGUUGCCAUAACGGUGUUAUAAAAUAACAUAAUUAACAUAACAAGUUUGUUUAGUAAUUCCAUUUUCAUGAAGGAUAUUUUAAAAUUUUCACUCAAGGGGACAAAUAACUUGAUUUAUAAUACUUAAAUAAAGGCUUUAAAAAAGGAUAUUGCAACUCUUUUGAAGUUAUGUACAUGGCGGAUAUUACUGACAAAGUUGAGUUACAUUUUGUCCUGGUGUCCACAUCUAAUGCUCCACAUGUCAUAAUCAUUUGCGUUAAUUUGAGAGCAAAUCUGAAAUGUGCAAAGCAUAAAAUUACUGAAUUGUGUAUGUACAUUCCAGCCCAUAUGAGGAUUCACACAGGAGUCCGACCUUACAGCUGUGGACAGUGUGAUAGAAGAUUUACCACCAAGGCCAACAGAGACAGACACGAAGCCACACAUGUGGGUCUCAAACCUUUCCAGUGUACCCAGUGCAGCAAAAGUUUCACAGAGAAACGUUCACUCAAAAUUCACACCCGGACACACACUGGGGAACGUCCAUUUGUGUAUGUGAUAUGCUUUAUAAUGUGCCAUUUGUACAUAAAUAAUUUUAAAAGUAUUUUCCAUAGUUAUCUCUCAGCAGCAUAUAAUCUAGAUCAGGGGCAUCAAAAUGUUUGCUACUUAAGAGCACCUUGAUGGCAGUAAUUCUGACAUUGAUGACCACUUAUAUUUCAAAGCCAAAUUUAAUGUGACAUAUAAUUAACUCACGUAAUACAUUAAUACAUUGAGUUAUUCAUCAAAGGGACAUCAAGCACAUAAGUCAAGGUCCACAAGAAAAAAAAUUAAGUUAAACAGCCAUCAAAGGGUUCUGACCGCAUUAUGUCCUGACUCUCCCCCCCCCUCUUUCCACUCCCCCCCCCUCUAUCCCCCCCCCCCCCCUCUUUCCCCUCCCCCCCCCCCCCUAAAUAUACCUUUGCAAUUUCGACAAAACCAGAAGCAUUGGAUUUAAAAUCUGUUCUCUAGUCAGACUCCAGCAGCUGUUUCUACUUUGCUAACCAUAGCCUGUUAAUGACAUGAACUUGCACCACCCUCACAUGAAAUCACACUUUUGUUUGGCAGUGGGAACUAGAGUUUAGCGGUGCCAUCAUAGAUAAAUAUAUACAUAUAAUCUUAGCUCUAUUUUUGUUUAUUGAAAAGGAUAUGAUGACUAAAUUUAUCUACUGUUGCAUGUUUAUUUAUGAAGACAUUUUAGAAAAUGCCUUUUCUGGUAGUUCUCUCAAGUAUUUUCAUGUCUAAAUUAGUUGACUGCUACCAUUCAAUCUUCGUACGAAUAAAAAACAUGGCAGCUGUAUCUCAAGUACUGGCAUGGGGUUUAUUAUUUCCCUGAAUGCAACUUUCUAAAAGUGGAUUCUGAUUAUUUUUCAUUCAACUAAGUAACCUGUUUUUAUUUCAUUAUAUGAUAACUCUAGGUGUACAGUGUGUGGCAGGGGCUUCACUCAGAAAUGCACCUUGAUUGUCCACAUGGAUCGGCACACCAACAAGAAAGGUCACCUCUGUGAUCUGUGUGGGAAAGCUUUCAGGCAAAAGUGUCAGCUGGAUGUCCACGUCAAGCGGCACAAGCGCCAGGCCAGUUACCCUUGUAACGAAUGCUCAACAAAGUGUUACACUAAAGGUACUGGAAGACUUCACUCCAAGUAAUUUUACCGAGGCAGUCAGUGUUGUUUUCACAGGGUCUAGUUCGAAAUGGUUUCAUGAAUGAGCACUGUUAUAGUGCUCAUUGUUUCAGUUUUGGAAGCUGUGUGAACCCAUUGAGACAGUGGAUUAUUAACAAUAAUAGUCAGGAGAACAAUCUUUUCACUUCAAAUCUAUAACACAAAAACUAAUUCCAAACAAUGAAUACCUACCAUUUAUUUUAACAUGCUGUGGGUGGCGGAAAACUAUAAUUGCUGACAAGCAUGUGUCCCUGUAUCUUAAUAGAAGCAAUGGUCUAAUACAUUUUUAAAUCAUAUUUUUAACGGGGAAAACAAAGCUAUUUUUGUCUUGAUUGUCAUUGCUUUGUAAACUAAAAAAGACAUCUAUAAUAAAAUUGAGUUCAGUGAAUAUUACUCUGUGCUAUCUUUUUUUCACAAUAGGAGAUCUGGUGAGGCAUAUGAUCAAACACACGGGUGAACGGCCUUUCCGAUGCCAAUUGUGCAGUAGAGCCUUCACCCGUAAACAGUAUCUGAUCGAUCAUGAGAACCAGCACUAUGGCCGUAAGCCUUACCGGUGUAGUGUGUGUUCAGCAACUUUUCAUGACAUGGGUUCCUGCCAUAGACAUCUAAGAAAGCACAAAGUAGGUCACAUCUUGUUCAUUCUAAUAUACAUGUACACAAUUAGCUUGUACAGCUGUGGAGUCAGUUAGCAAUGUAUGCAGUAUCAACAAUCUGGAAGCAAAGUGUCAUUUAAACACUUACAUUCACAGUAUUUUUUAAAAUAAAUAUCUUAGUGUUUAUAAUAUCAAUGAUAUUAGUAUUCAUAAAAAAGAAAAUGGCAAUGCGUGCAACUGUUUGAUUAGUUUAUUUCAAUAACAAUUGCUAAAAUUAUCCCACCAAUGACAGUUACCAAGUCCAGAGGUAGGUAAGACUACUUGCAGGCAGUUCUUAAGGCUCAAUUAUUGUCUAUUGUACACAAAAAUAUAACAGUGUAUAUAAAUAAAGCCCAAAAGGACAGCUACGAUACCAUUAACUAUUUUCAAAUCCAGCACUCUGCACUGAACUACCACGACUAAAGAGAACUUUCAACGCACUACACUGCCACUCUCAGAAUCCAAACCACACACUCUAACAUAUAUGAUCCCAACAUGCUGACAUGUUUACUGACAUUUAGACUUCAACCCACCACAAUUUAGCCCAUUACAGAAUACCAUUUACACCCCCACCCCACCCCCCUACCCCAACUCAAGACCAAAUAUACACAACCCAAGACAUGCUCACAAACCAGUUCUUAAAAAUGACCCUUUUUUUAUUGCAUGAACAUGAAUUCUUUGAUCUAUCAGAAAGCUGCAAGAUGAUGAUUGAUUUUUCAUUUGUAACAAUACUGCACAUUAUUUUCAAAAAAUGCUAACAAUCUUUAUCUUUACUUGAUACACAAAAAUUGUGUACCGUAUUAUAAUUUUUUUAACAAAUGAAACAAAAGUCAUGCUUGCACAGAUAAAAAAAAAUAUUUGUUUUCCUUGUUUGGCUUUAGUUUCCAUUUAGUCCAAAGAAAUAAAAAGUCUUGAGGCAAAGUUGUUUGUGUAAGUCCUGUAAAUAUGGAGAGGACUUCAUUCAGGUUGAAGGAAUAGGAAAUAUACCAAAACACAGGGCUUCUUGGUUCUAAAAAAUCUUCUAACCAUUUAUGUGCAGCAGGAUGAGGAAGGGGAGAACAGCAAAGGACCAAUAAAGUCAGCACUUCUCAGUAGCACAGACUUUCAUAGGAUCCUGGAAGGCACUCAAAUAGGACAGGUGGGUUACCGGGGCAAACGUUAAGAUGUUCAUUUUUUUUUUUUUAAGUUACAAAUAUUUAAGAUUUAAGUGGAAGGAAAAUAAAAUGACAAAAUAAUUUGAUUAUUCAUUAGGAUGGAAAGAUAACCUAGCUGGCCAUUUAGUAUUUUAAAAGUAGAAUUGCCCAAUAAAGACCGUAUCAUUUUCAGAUCUUGUUUACUUGCCCUACUCAACACUAUUGUUUUGUUGGUUACAGAUUCUCAAAUUAGAUGACGGUUCAGAAGCUCUUGUGAAAGCAGUGACGGCUGAAGCUGAUGGCAGCACCGUCUAUCAUAUCACAUGCCUGGGGAGAUCAGGCAAAGGAGAAAAGAUGGAUGAAUCUGCAGCAUUUAAUGAAUCCCCUGAUGAAACGGCGACGCAGGAUGGAAACACAGAGGUCAGCGACUGACAAAGACCGACCAAUACACCAGAUCUUCUGCCCAAAAAGAUUGGUUUGCUUAUAAAGACCCAUGACUUGAUCACGGAAGGAUUUGUACAAUAUAGGAAUCAUGCAAACAAUACUUCGAUAUAACACAAGAGACCAAAGAUGAUGAAGUUUGUUUUGUUUCUGUUAAUUGGAACUGACCGAGGGAUAACUUGUUUCGAGGCCAAAAUAACAAUCUGCACUAAUAACAAUUUGUUCUUUGUUUAUGCUACCUAUUGUAAUUGAUAUUAUUCAACACCUACUGCACCAAAGUCUCAGAUUAUCUAUUUCUUUUAAGCGCCAAUGGCAUUUUUUUGGUGCCAAAAUGGUUAAAAAUUAUUUUCUUCAAACAUUAUAGAGUUACAGUUCUAAGUUGAAAAAAAACAAAACUUUCUAUUUUGGUGUGCAACCGAAAUAGAUUUUUUAAUGCUAUUUUUAACAGUAAUUUUUGUGACUUACUUAAAAUGUGAAAAUGAAAUAGUGUGCAUCCAUGUAUUUAAGGUCAACGUUUUAUUUACACGUAGCUGUAAAAAAGUGGAAAUAUUAAAAUAAAUGUCCUGGAGGAUGCCGUACCAAAACUGAUGUAGUGGUGAAGGGUAAAGCACCGUGAAGCUGUAAGUGUUGAUAACUCCAGACACAAAAAUCCUCAUUUAACUUUUUACAGUACGGAUGAAUGUUUGCUCUCAAUGCAAUGGAUAAUUGCGCUCUCUAUUUCUUCAUUCCAUGAAAAGUUUUAGACAGGCAGAAAUUGUCUGUUUUGCUGAUGUCAGACACUAGCAAGGCAUUGUGUCAGUCCAAGUUGCAUCAGUCAGUGGGGUCUCUGGUGCAUUAUUAAAUGCUUACUACUCUGGUCCUUUCUUUCAUUGUAAUUUAUCAAACUUCAGGUUUCAUCAUUGCCAUGAUUGAGAGAUGUCACAGAUGGAAUUGGGGAGAAACAGUGCCUUGAAAACAAGUGGAUUUUGCCAGUAUGCAAACCAGCAUAUUGUUAUUAUUUCAAAAGUUAAUUUUGAUCCCAGGGUUUUCUUACAUGUGGAGGCAUAUAAAAAAAAAUGGGGGAAUAUCAUUUUUACAUACAGCUCAGCAGUUGAUUGUCUCGUGUCAUUUUAUGUUAUCUUAUAUAAUAAAAUAGGUUUCAAAUAGUGAAUGUUUAAAUGUGGCUUUAAAUGACAGUGACAGUUGGUUGCAACUGACAAGGGAGACAACCUGGUAUUAUAGAAUUCUUGUACAUUGGUUGACACCAAACAGUUAAUAGCUGGUUAUUAUUCCAUGUGACACUCUUCAUUCACCUUGACAUGUCAACAUAAUGUGACAUUCCCUUCAGCCUGACAAGACAAGAAACCAACAAAUAAGAUUGACUUAACUCGGUGGAUGGCAACCCAAAGAAUAGAUGCAGCUCUUUUUUUUUAAAAAACCAACUAAUCUACAUCUAUAAUGACAUUUAAACAAUCUGCCCUUGCCUGGGGCUCCAAAAAAAUUUAUAAAAUGUCUCAAAAAUGGUUGUCUUCCCAUAACAUAACUCUAAUAAAUUCUUAUAUUUAUAUAUUGAACAUAAAUUUGAAUCUUGUGUUUACUAAAAGAAUAUUUUUGAAAGUUAGAGUACCGCUCUCAGCUGGAACCUUGAUGAAAAGGUUGAGGUCAUGUUAAAAUAAGUGUGUUGCUCUCAUGUCCACCAGAAAUAUCUUUGAGUUCGGGGAAUGUGUUGGUUUUUUUGGGGCUGCCUUUUAAUCACAGCUUUUUAAUAACCAUUUUGCUACUCAAUGAAACUUUGGGCAUUCAGCAUUGUUAUUGUUUUUUAUUGUUAUGGUGAAGCUUGUACUUGUUAAAAAGAGUUCUUUUUUUUUUGCCUGAGGUUACACAUUUCUCAUUUUUUGUAAAUAUAUCCAUUUCUUUAGCUAAAACUCUAAAAGUAUCAAAGAAAUGGAGACAUUGCAAUGAAAUCUACCCAAUGACCUAGUUAUGUUAUGCUUAUUGGACAUCAUAAAUACUGCCAACAUAUUGACAUUGGCUAUUUUCAUAAUUUAUUGUGUACAUUAUGUGAAUUUUCAUUGGUUUUCUGAUAAAAUAACCGAAA